UGUGAGCUGUGUUUAGGAGACUGGGCUGGAUUUUGAGCUGGGAAGAAAAGACAAGAAAAACGUGCUGGCAGUCAGUGCAAAGGAACAGCUUUCUGAGGGAAGAAGUCUUUCAGCCUUGGGGAAUUUUUUUUUAUUUAAAUCCUGGGGAGGAUGUUUAUCACAGUGAAGUUUGGGGAAGACCAAAAGGAGAUAUUUAAUCCAAACUGUAGAAUCAUUAACUUCAUCCACUCAUUGAAAGAGAGAUGUAACUGUAAGGAAGAAGUUUGCAUUGACCUGCUAGAUGAAUCGGGAGCCCUGAUGAAUUUGAGCGAGCGUGAAAACUCGCCUGACUUCGCCAGCAGCUUCCUGAAGGAAAGGCACAGGUACAUCCUGCUCAAAGUCAUCAGAGGAGAUGGUGGUGAAGGGAACAAAUAUGAAUCUCUCUUACUUAACCUAGGAAAAUGCCACCCCGAUUUAGCAGAUGUCCUACAGAAGCUGUCAAACCCACAGAGAGACCGGGAGAGGAAGAACUGUGUCUCGAGGAAAGGCCGUCAGCACAAAGAGCCUCCGUCCACCCACCCCCACACUAAGAACAAAACUCCCUCCACCAGCAAGAAGAAUUCCAAUAUCAACCACAGAACUUAACAAGAGAACUCCUGACAUGCACUGAGAGGGAAUAGACCGUAUCUCAGAAAUAACUGCUUAGAAUGAGACAUUUGCAAACAAAAUGUUGCCUUCAAAGUCCUUACAAUGUUACAUAUACAGUGUAUAUACAUUAUAUAUACACAGUAUAUAUAAUGUUGGUAUUUUCUAUUGCUCCAGUGAAAUAUUUCAAUAAUAGAAAAUAACUCAUGAUUAAAUGUAUCGUGACAUCACCUAAAUUGUUUGCAACUAGUUUUGUAACAAGCUUCCUUUUUGAAACUUUUUGCUGAAAAUAUACAAUAGUAAAUGUAUAGAUACCCUUUAAGAAAUAUAUAUAAAAAUAGUAGUUUUGGACACAUAAUAAAUAUAUUUUUCAUUUAAAAUUGUUUUCAUUAUUUUUACAUUGCUGGGGAAAAACUGGCAUCCUCAUAUGAGGCUAUCAUACGUUUGCAUCUUCCAUACGUCCCCAUACAAAGACUAGAAGAGAUGUUUUUUUUAUCCAUCCAUCUGCAUUAAAAGGGUUAGCAUUAACUGUGUCUGCAAAUGAGCGAGAAGCAAAAUCUGAUGAAAAUCAAGACACAGUGAACAUAAAGCUGACUUCGAAUCUUAAGGAAAAUGCUGUGAACUGCGCAGUCACAAAACAGCAGAGAGACUGCAGAAGGAUCAUUUAGACAUUUUUAUAACAGAACCAACCAGUGAUACCUUCUUUUUACAGCCAGAGGAAGCCAAGGCAAACUAGAAUCUGAUCCCAAUGAUGUGUGAAAUAAUUGCACUGGAGCACAAAUCUGCCUAGUCUAUUAAACAUGAAAUACUGGGCUCUGUUCAUAA